GCCCCGUCGUGCCCCGCGCGGCGCGCUCGGAGCUCCGGAUUUGAAUCUCGGGACCCGUCCGCGGCGGCGGCGGCGGCGGCGGCGAUGGACGCCCGGUCGUUGCCCCGGGCUUGGCAGCUCUAUCUCAAGGACCACCGCGUCUCGACGUUCAAGAACUGGCCCUUCCUGGAGGGCUGCGCCUGCACCCCGGAGCGGAUGGCCGAGGCCGGCUUCAUCCACUGCCCCUCUGAGAACGAGCCCGACCUGGCCCAGUGUUUCUUCUGCUUCAAGGAGCUCGAGGGCUGGGAGCCGGACGACGAGCCCCUGGAGGAGCACAGGAAGCACUCGCCCGCGUGCGCGUUCCUGUCUGUCAAGAAGCAGCUGGAAGAACUGACGCUCAGCGAGUUUCUGAAGCUGGACAAAGAGCGAGCCAAGAACAAGAUCGCCAAGGAGACCAGCAGUAAGCAGAAGGAGUUCGAGGAGACCGCGAAGAAGGUGCGCUCCGCCAUCGAGCAGCUGGCCGCGCUGCAGUGAGGCCGGCCCGGCCCGCGGGGUCGGCUUUCCCGGAAGUGGCGCCCGGGCCCUGUGCCGCGGCUGGUGCCGCCCACGCAGUGACUGCCGCUCUUCCUUCGCCGGUGUGAGCCCCGGGGCCGGGGCCAGGGACGAGGAGGGGGGAGGAGGGCCAGGGCCUGGGGCGGGGCCCGGGGGGGGGGGAGCCGCGGUGCCGCCCACCCUGCAGUGCUCCCAGUGAGCGUCCCCGCCCGUAACUCCCUUCUCACGCGGGCACUGAAUAAACUCAUCGAAAAAACGGCCUGGAAAA